CGGGAAGUUUACACGAUGAAUGUAUCGCUCCAAAAGUUUUUAUUCGCUGAACUUAAAAUUUGGUCCCUUUAAGCUUCAGAUGGAAAGGAACCGGAGUAUAGCUUGGAUAAUUUCUAAUGGAAUCAUAUUCUCUGCUGGAAAAGCUCAAAGAGACCAUAAAAAGAGAUUUUCAAGGCAAGGUGUAAAUUGUGCAUGUUAAAAAAUAUUACUUUAUUUUUCUUGGGUGCAUAGAGAUAGUUAAAGACCUUAUUCUUUCUUAUGGCCCCAAAAAUUAAACUAGCAUAUUGAUCGAAAGGAUGGUAUUAAUCUAAAGCUGUCUGCCGUAAAGAAUUUUACUUGAGAAAAUCUAAAACACAACUGCAGCACUUUUCGAGUUUGUAAAGAAAUCGAGAAAGAGAUAUAUUAUGUCGAGUUUUUAUAGAAAUUGAGAAAGAGAUAAUAUAUCUCUUUCUCAACUUCUUUAAAAACUCGAUCGCCAGCUCAAAAAGAGCUGCAGUUGUGUUAAGAAUCUAGAUGGGAUCUAACCAUGAGUUCAUGGUAACUCUCCCUGCCUCAAUUAGUUGAACAAAUUUGUAAGAGUUUUCUACCGUGCCUUUUAGGUCCAUCUGUUCGGUUUUAAAAUAUUAGCAUGCACCCAGACUGGAGCUUUAAUAGAGUUUAACCAACAGUAGAGAGCAGAACAGGAGUUCUGCAUUUAUCAGGCCUUCACAGGGAAGUACAAGACACCUGUCAGAGGAGAAGUGAAAAGACAAAUUUCCCCUUCCCUUGCGCAUCUCUUGUCUCUUGCUUGCCUUGUGCUUGCCUGAAAAAUGCAAAAAGUGAUGCCCAAUCUAUGAGUUUAAGGCUGACCAUGUCCCUACAUAAGGGACAAGAAUGUUAAAGCUCUUGUCUUGACUCUUUGGCAAGAGCUUUACAUCAUUCUGACAUAAGCAUCAUUCAUUAUUUGUAUGCACUGAUAAAAUUUGGUUGUUUCACAUUUUCCAGAUCUCAGUGAGAGAUGUACAGAGUCUGAUAAAAGGGUUCAGUGCUUGGAGAAAGAAAAUACUCAGAUAAAGGAGCACCUCAAACAAUUUCAAGAUGAAAAUAAUCAGUAGGAAUGAGAUCUUAAACUUAAUUUUUAACAAAGUUGUAUGACCUCAGUUGUAAAAAUGUUUUUGGUUCAAAGCAGCAGAAUCUGAAAGUAUGUUAUGAGAUUAAUAGGAUUUCCGAUUUUGCAGCAAUUGAGGUGCAAGAUUUGCAGAAAUUUAAGAAUAGUAUCUGUAUGCUGGAGGGAAAAUUAUUACACUUUCUGUUUGACUCUCAGUAAGGAAAGGAACCAUAAAUUUUUGAACUUAACUGUUAUUACAAUUGUCAAAUAUUGUAUGAACAAAAUGUGCAAGUUUAUAUGUAUCUCCCAUAUGGUUUUCUUAGGAUAUCCAUAUUUUGGGUCAAAAUAUGUCAAUAAUUAGUUAGAUAAGAGUAUUGUUUAGAUGCUGAUUGUGUUUUCUUGUUAUUACUUUCAAACUAUUGCCUAAAGUCUUAAAGAAACCUUGGCAAAGGUUGAAAAAGAGCUGGCAUACAAGGAUGAAAAGCUAAAGAGGUGAGAGUAGAAGGAUGGGUUGAGAUGAUGGACUUCUAUCCAUUAACCCUUUUACUCCCAAGAUCUCAUUAGUGAUUCUCCUUACUGUCUGCCAUAUAGUUCUUGUGAUGUUAGUUUGGAGAGUUUGGUAUUGAAUCAACUAAUAAUCCCCUAAUUAAUAUUUUUCUUUAUUCUCAUCACAUAUCUGCAUGAUAUUGUAUUGAUAUUGUAAGGAGAAAUUCUGUCUUGGUCACUCAUGGGAGUUAAUUCUUCCUCCCCUUUCCCUACAUGUAUGCUUUUCUUUUUACAUCAGUUUUGUGAUAAUAAUAUUUCAGGAAAUAUGAUGAACUGCACAAGAAAGAACAAUGGUGGAACCAAUUUCGAGAUGAAACUCAGCGGAGGUUUAAAGGUUGGUUUUUACAUUCAUGAUGAUAUCAAAGUCUUAGACUUGGUCAGGAAAUUAAAUAUUUGGUAAAAACUUUUAUUUACCUCUUUUCCUUGAUUAUGAUUUUGCAUUUACAGAUACUGCAAUCUUCAAAUAGUUCUUCUCUUUUUCUGUAAAUCCCUAGAAAUAGAUUACAAUAUAAUUACCAAAUGAGUUAAUUAACUAAGUAUAAUGAAUUAGGCUGUGGUGUUAGUCUGUUUGUUUUCUUUGUUAGGGAAAUGGAAUGGUUGUUUGCGUACAACUUCUGUUUAAAUGUUUUUUCCUGUAUUUUGCUCUACAGCAAUGAAAUCAUAUGGAACGUUCCCUCAACACAUCCUUGAAAAAUAUGUAAAUAAGGAUAUUUUCCAGGAGUUGAUGUGAGUUGAAAAAUCUGUUACUUACUUUUGCAUUAAAGUAAACCCAGGUUGUAGUCCCUGUGUCAAUUUUUGGAGGACUAAAUUCUAGUUGGCUAAUAUAAAACUCAUGAAAUAAUUUUAGAGUAGAGGGGUGCUAACGAAGAAAUUGGCAAAGAGGGAUAAGGAAGACUUCAAGAUUGAUUACGUAACAUAUUUGCCAUCUUUUGUUUUAAUCCUUUUACUCCCAGAUCAAAUUUGUAAUUCUCCUUUCUGUCAACCCCACAUUCUUAUAUAAUGGUAGUUCAGAGAAUUUAGUAUUGGAUCAACUAUUUGUCCUCAAAAGGAUAUUUUUUUUUAUUCUCAUCUCGUAUCUGGUUGAUAUUGUAUGAAUAUUGUAAGGAGAAAUUCUGUCUUGGUCAUUCAUGGGAGUUUAAGGGUUAAUCCUCUACACCCUAACAUUAAUAUCCUUAUUAACGAUACUAUUAUCUAUAAACAUUUCCUAUGGGACCAAUAAGGAGAACAUGAGAGCUUCUUUGGUCAGCAAUACUAUCCUAAAUUCUCAUAAUUUAUCCUUAAUGCUUGUUUUGGGGUUGAUACUGUAAGCAGAAAUGAAUUUGAUGUAAGUUACUCUAAGGGAUGUAAGGGCUAUGAAACUUUUGUGAAUUUGUGUCCUCAGGAAUAAUAAUUCUGCUAGCUCUUCCUUAUACAAGAGGAAUGGCAAACUCUCCACCCUUAAAAGUAGGAAGAAGGUUAGAUACAACAAAGUGUCAGCCUCGCAGUCGACUGCUGCAGAGGAAGUGAAAACAAAUUCUCAAGACAAAGACGAAAUACACAUCAGUGAAACUGAAGAAAAGGAAAAACUGAUAACGGAUGAUGACGAGGUUUAUCCUGAUACCAAUGAAAGCACAAAACUUUACCAUAAUUCUCCACCUGAUCAAAGGCAAGGAGGUAAUAUUUCUGCUCAUCCCGAGGUUCUUGUUCAAGAAACUGAGGAUGUGUACACAGAAGAAGUUGGUGAUGGCUUCGGUUGCUUUAUAGGGGCACCUUCUGCAGCAAGUACUCCUCUUGCUGCCGCAAGUUCACUUCGUUUUGAUUAUGAUAAUGUUGACGAUGGUGAUGGUAAUGAUGAUGAUGAUGAUGAUGAUGAUGAUGAUGUGAGUGUCGGUAUUCUAGAUAAUCUAAAACAAUAUCCGAAGGAUGAAACUAUGGAUGUUUUAACUAAUGUUAAGUCGCAGCUAGCAAAUUUGCCUAAAUCAGAUUCACAAUUUCCAGUUGACUUGUCGUACACACAGCCAGAAUCUCCAACGAUUCCAAGCCGUACGCGUUCUCUGCAACAAGACAUGAACCUGACUGCUGAUUGCUCAGUGUCGCUUUUGCCUCAUGGACUCAAGGCCGAAGAGAAAUCUGAGAAACAAGAAUGCAAACCCAAUUUUGAUUCUAAAUUGGUUGAAGACAAUGUUAAAACAGAAAUCGAGAAUGAACAAAUGGAAAAACAACCUACACCAAUGAAAGCUGGAAGCACUUGCAAAAGCAAAUCAACCAAACAGACAACUUUGGACACAAACUUUUUCAGCACGAAAGGGGCUUUGAGCAAAAAUGAUUUUACCUCUGGGAAGAGAAAGAGGGACACUUCAGGGGAAUUUGAUGAUCAAAAGUCCCAUGGAAAAAAUGAAGAUUUUAGGGUUAGUUAAUUAUAUACUUUUACGUUCAGUGUUUCAGUUAAAGUCUUUUCCGUCAAAACUAAGACAAACUUUUCACUUUUGGCGAAUUCAUGAUUGUGUCAUAUAAUCUAGUUUGACGAUUUUACGCAUUAAGUAACGAAACAGCGCAAGGCCAUGGUGCAAUUAUUGAGAGUUUAUUGAAAACUGGUGAAGCGGAAUUAGCACGGAUUAGUAAGGAUAACUUUGACAGAUUCAUUAUUUUUUUGGAACCAUGUAUUUGUUAGGGGGAAAAAUUUAAGACUUUGUUCAAAGUACCUACGGCACCACCGCCAAAAACACCCGAAGUGAUUCUACUGGAGGAAUUUCCUUCACGCAGAGCUGAUAAGAAGUCUUUUACCACUCCCUUGGGCAGCAGUGGAGAUAUCACAGGGCUGUACACGAGUGGUAUGGACCUGUUUGGUAAUAUGGAUGAACACUGCUCAUCAGGUAAUCACUAGAAUUGAAGAACAUUGCUAUCUUGAGCGCUCUGCGAUUUGUUUAGAGCUCGCGCCGCUUUUGCAACCAAUCAGAUGCAAGACCGAACCAAUCGUGACUUGGUCGCACGAAUCGUUUCACCCGGGAUUGGACAUGAUCAUGUAAUUCUUCUUAGAUUCUUCACGGGCUUGUUGUUGCAUUUGCAUUACUUUCAACCUCUUCGUCGAUUGUGUCGAAUCUGAAAUUAAUUCCAAUGUGGAAGUAGCGGCUGAAUCUUAGGUUUUCUCAGUUUUCUUUAGUUAUUAUUUUUGCUGUAUGUGUAUCUUUUCAUUGUUAGAUGUGCAACAGGACAGUGAAAAAGAAGGUCUUUGCCUGGAGAACGACGGAAAAGAAAAUUUUACUGGCAAAAAUGAGGUACUGACUGAGCUAAUAUUUCGGCCAUACGCACUUUCACCAAUGUGUUAAAUAACAAGUUACCUUUUUUUCUUAUAAACAGAAAUAUAGAAGUAAGGCUUCGCAAGAAAACAGGCCGAAAGAUACGAAUGAGUGUUCAAAAAUGGGAGUCAGGUAUUUGGUAUUUGAAUUUAUCAAUUCCAUCUAGUAGCUGAGCUAACGAGACAUAUACAAGUGUUUUGAUAAGCUUUUUUCCAUGGGCAUUAGGCGGCUGUACCCGGGAGAGGUCCGUAAGUCGAAACCUAAACACGAGCUUGCUCGUACGCUAAACGGACGGCGGUGAGAGGUGUAAUGGGCAGCGGUAGACCGCUGUAAAUCAGCUCUUUAUGAAACUUACCCCAGCAUAUGAGAUAUGCCACGAUGCUGAUUCGUAUAGCUACCGGAACUUCCUCCCCUCGGAUGAGAUGCUAGUCUAUACUGGGUUACCCGUGGUCUCCGUGAGGGUUUGCAGUUAGCAUAGGUAACAACAUGAUUUCGAGUGCAAUUUGGUGUAAAUACGCACGAGUAAAUUUUUUCAAAGACGACAAAAUUGUACGAGACCGUAGGGCGAGUGCAAUUUGUGCAAAUUUUACAAGUGCUUAUCACACCAAAUUGCUCAAGAAUUCAUUUUAUCGGUUUUUAAUAAUGUACAUGAAAGAACAUCGCAGAAAGUCAAGACCGACGAAAUUUUGAAAGCGUGCGCGCGCUAUUUGUAAUUUGCACCCGUGUUACAACUUUGCAAUCGUGUUACAAAUUUGCACUCGUGUUACAUGAGAAUGCACUCGUUUUCAGCCAAUCAGAAGCGCCUAAAUUUUUCAUGCACACCAUUACGGAAUUUACAGGUAGGCGGGAAAAAGCCCUCUGAGUGUUAGCCUACGUGUAGCCGCACCCUUCCUCCCCAAAGGUGAAACAGAGGCGCCUACAUUUUACCUUUGGGGAAAGGGUGCGGCUACACGUAGGCCCUCUGAGGGUUAGUUGUAUACAAGUGACGAAAUGAUCCUCGAGGGUGAGCUGCAACUGAAGAAACUGCGGAAAAAGUAGCUUUAACCCUUUAUAUAGUAUAUAAAGGGUUAAAUAUUUCAUAUUCUCCAUACCCCUCUCUAUAUGUUUCUACUGAUACUGACAAGGAGAAUUGAUAUGAAGAUCAAAACCUCCAAGGCGGCGAUCAUUUCCUUUAUUCUCAUGAUCUUAAUGAAUGGUUGAGCAGUAUUACUGUAGGGAGAAAUUAGAUACCGGUCACUCUUAGGGUUUAGCCCUUUAACUCCCAUGAGUGACCAAGACAGAAUUUCUCCUCACUAUAUCAAGCAGGCAGGUGAUGAGAAUAGAGAAAACUAUCAAUUUGGGGAUAAUUAAUUGAUCCAAUACUAAAUUCUCUGAACUAACAUUACAUGAAUUGCAUGGUUGACAGUAAGGAGAAUUUCAAAUUUGAUCUGGUAGAUAAAGGGUUAAAGGGUCAAGAGGUUUAGGCCUCGACGAGAUUCGAGCCCAUGCCUUCUAGGUACUAGUUCAUUUGAGCAGCAAGGCCACAUUUUGAAAGUGAGGCAAAUUUUUGAGAAUUCUUUGUUCCCAUAAAGGAAUGUGCUCCUCUUGAAUUUGUCUUUCUUCCGACAUAUGGCUUUUUAGCUCAGUUAAAAAUAUUGUAUUAAACGCGUACACCAAUAUUAUUAUUGCUAACGCUGGUGAAUCAUUCCCUCCUAAAUUUGACUAGGAAUAAUGACGCUGAACCAAAUUAUAAAUACGUAGAAGUUGUCCGGAAGAAAGAUGAAAGAGCCAAGCUGAACGGCUAUAAAUGUCGUGACUGCCAAGAGGUAACAUGCCAGAUUACUUAGACAGAAAAAAAUAGUCCACUGAGUGAAAAAGUGAACUAAGACAUUCCAUGCUGGAAUUUGGCCCAAAAGGCACUAAGUACAGGAAAACUUAGGCACGAAGAAUACAGGAAUUUUAAAGGAUUUUGAAACGAACAAAACAUACUAAAGAAGCAAGGCAGAUCUUUUCAUCGGUUUUUUUUUUGUGGAAGUAAUUUCUUCCUUGUAUAGGGGGAAUAUGCAUCAUCAAGAACCUGUAGAUUACUAAAUAAGUUUAAAGUUAAUAGUGUUUCAAAUGGUAUUUAAUAUGACAGUGGAGAUCUUCCUAGGAAGACCUUAUUCCUGUUUUCUCGUCACCAUAUUCCUACCAAUAACGUAGCUCCACUUUCUGCAUAUAAACCCACACACAACCCACAAUUCCUCCAAUCGCUCUGACGAAGGGCUAACCCUCAAAAUGUCAGCUUUUUUACCCUUUACGGUGGCCAAUUUACGUUUUCAACUCAAUUGUUAACACUAAAUUACCUGCUAUACUCUCCCACCGACGCAGCACCACAGUUUCUUUAGAAACGUACCACCUUUAGACCUAAUCGCUGACGAGAGGUCAUGAAAGAAUGUCUGUUUUGGUUUAAGCCUUACAAAAGUUGGAACAUGUGACCUGUUUUUCUCUCAUUUUUGUUUAGUUUGAGAGCAAUAGAUAAAAAUCAAUUCAGCCGUUGGCGAAAUUUAUUCCCUUGUUUUUGUCCUUUUUUUAGGAUUUGUAUUGUAUUGGCUAAUAUGCUGUUCUUCACGAUGGGCGACUUUUUUUCAGUCUGUGCGUCAAAGUUUCGGUGUUUCGUGACGAGUCAGUUAGAGUUGAGAAAUGUCAAGCCGAUUGUUGACAGUGGUCUCUCGAGUUCUCUUUUACAUAUCUAGAUAAUUUCAUCUGUUUUGCAAAUGUGAUAAAUUAGGUUUUGCUAUUGUGAUUGCCAAUCGAAAUGCGCUCCAAGACAGAUAUCCCUUUUCUUUUCAGUACUACCAGGGCCUUGAUCUUCCCGAAGAUGAGCUGAAAAAACGUUUGAAGCACUGUUCUCGUCACCGAGCGAAGUUUUCACCACCCCCGUCCACUCCGCCAGGCUUUUGGAAUUUAAGCUUUCCGGAUACCCAAGAGUAUAUGGCUAAGGGCUAUUUAAAGACUGAGUCGGAAGCACCGGCUCCGAAGAGACUUCGGAAAACACGACGGAAUAGGAUCGCAAAGUGAAGUGUCUUUUCGAAGAUUAACGAUGAAUUGCGAAGUUGACAUGAAGAUGUCACGAUCGCUGAUUGCUCGGGUUAUCCGUGUGGUAACGAAGAAAACUGAUUGGUGGAAGAUGAUACGAGGC